ACCAAUCCCUGUUAUGACAACAGCGUAUUCAGAAACAGACUUGGCUCAUCAUACAUCAUCUUUUAAUGAAUAAACUGCAGUUGAGUUGAAGGUGUACCUCUUAUCAGCAAACAUAUUGCGGAUUUUUGUUACUCAAUUUUUGGAUUGGUGGGCAUCUCUUAGAUUUUUAGCUAGAUUGGGAACCAGCUAGCAAAGCACAAAGUGGAGAUAAGAAAAGAUGAUGGUCAGCAAACAACUUGUGUUGACGUAUAUAUAUCUCCUUGUCUAUAUAGUGCUAUCCUCGGGAGUUAUUUUGUACAACAAGUGGGUACUCUCACCAAAAUAUUUCAAUUUCCCAUUACCAAUAACACUUACCAUGAUUCAUAUGGGCUUCUCAGGCUUGGUAGCUUUCCUUCUUAUCCGUGUCUUCAAGGUUGUAUCUCCUGUCAAAAUGACGUUUGAAAUAUAUGCGACGUGUGUGAUUCCCAUUAGUGCUUUCUUUGCAUCCAGUCUUUGGUUUGGAAACACAGCUUAUCUGUUCAUUUCUGUAGCCUUUAUCCAGAUGCUUAAAGCUCUAAUGCCAGUUGCCACCUUUGUCAUGGCUGUUAUUUGUGGAACUGACAAGUUAAGAUGCGAUUUAUUCCUGAACAUGCUGUUGGUCAGCGUCGGUGUUGUAGUUUCAUCUUAUGGAGAAAUUCACUUCAACAUAGUUGGUACAGUUUAUCAGGUCACUGGAAUAUUUGCUGAGGCGCUUAGGCUGGUCUUAACUCAAGUUCUGCUUCAGAAGAAGGGACUAACUCUCAAUCCUAUCACCAGCCUAUAUUACAUAGCUCCAUGCAGCUUUGUCUUUCUCUUUGUCCCAUGGUAUCUUCUGGAGAAGCCUGAGAUGGAAGUCUCCCAAAUUCAAUUCAACUUCUGGAUUUUCUUUUCAAAUGCACUUUGUGCUCUUGCUCUGAAUUUCUCAAUUUUCUUAGUGAUUGGUAGAACCGGUGCUGUAACCAUCCGAGUUGCCGGUGUCUUGAAAGAUUGGAUACUUAUUGCCCUUUCAACACUAAUUUUUCCAGAGUCGACAAUAACCACACUUAAUAUUACAGGCUAUGCCAUUGCAUUAUGUGGUGUUGUGAUGUAUAACUACUUGAAGAUCAAGGAUGUUCGAGCUGUUCAACUUCCUGUAGAUAGUGUUUCUGAUCGAAUAGCUAAGGAACUUAAAAUGGAGAAGAAGUCAUCCGAUCUGUAUGUACCAGACGAUAUUGUUAAGAACAGUGGAGGAAAAGGUUCAAGGAAUGGGUCUCCGGAUUCAAUUGUGGAUGAGGAAGCACCCUUUAUUCCUUCAAGUAGGGUCUCUCAUCUUGGGCGAAGCCCACUUAGCAGCUAUUCACCAUGAGAACCGUCAAUUCUAUAAAUGUCAUUUUGGGUUCAUUUGUUAGAAUCACAGUAUCAAGCAGAUUGAUGAGAGCGGGGUCUUGUUCAUACACCCUCCACCAUUUUGGUAAGAAUUGCAUUUCUUUGCAGAGUACUACCGCCAUUAACAUUGCUACUAGUUAUUUAUUGUAAUAUUGUUUUAGGCUCGUCGUAUUCAAUGAAAUAUUGAUUUUUU